GGUGAGGCAGGUGAGGCAGGUGAGAGGCAGGAGAGACAGUAGCGGAGCUUUGUUCGGCCAUGGCGGAGUCUCAGCUCAUCUGCAUGGACAGCGAGCAUGUGAACGAGAAGAUCCCGGAGUCCCGGCCGGAGUUCUACUACAGCGAGGAGCAGCGCGCGGCCCUGGAGCAGCUGAUGCGCCACGGAGACGGAGCCUUCAAGAUGCGCCUGAAGGAGGACAACACCAGGGACUUCCUCUGCGCCCGGGAGGUCCAGCUCAUCCGAAAAACGUUCCUCGAGUACGACACGGACAGUGACCCGGAGUCCGGGGAGCAGGAGAAGCCCAAAGAAGCGUCCAGCAGCGCCGACUCCGGGGUCCACUCCACCUACUGGCCGCAGAUGUCCGACACCGAGGUGCCGUCUCUGGACAUCGGCUGGCCGGGGACCAGCGGCGUGUACAAGGGGGUGACCCGGGUGUCCGUGUACACCCACCCGCCCAAGGAGCCCGGGCCUCACAUCAAGGAGGUGGUGAGGAAACUCAUCCAGGGAUCUCACAAGACAGUGGCCAUCGUCAUGGACCUCCUGACAGACCUGCAGAUCCUCCAGGACCUGCUGGAUGCCUCGUCACGGCGCGGGGUAGCGGUCUACGUUCUGCUGGAGGCCAGAGGAGUUCCCCACUUCCUGGACAUGUGUUCUCGGCUGCAGAUUAAUGCGAUGCACCUACGGAACCUGCGUGUGCGGUCAGUGAGAGGUGCGGGGCUCGCCCUGUCAUAUGGAAAGCUGCCUGGGUCUUUGUGCUCCAAAUACAUGCUGGUGGACGGAGAGAAGGUCAUGUUCGGGUCCUACAGCUUCACCUGGUGUUCAUCUCGGAUGGACAGAAACACGAUUACUGUAAUGUCUGGACAAAUUGUGGACUACUUUGACAAUGACUUUAGGGAGCUGUACGCUGUGUCUGAACACGUGGAUCUCUACGGGGAGUUCAACAUCACAAAGCCGCCUCUUCCAACACCCAUCAUGAAGCCAAAAGUUGAGCACAUCCGGCCUUUACCUGUCUCCACAUCACGCUUCCAGGUGUCAGUCGAGGACUCUAGACAAACUGACCUGAAGGUACCUGCACAUAAGUACCACAAUCCCAAGUACUCCUUGGUAUUUGGGAAUAGCAUAGGUUUGACAGGUUCCCUUCAAGACCUGUCGACUCAGAAGAACUCGGUGGUGACGGCCGGGCUUAACCAAAGGAAUGGCUUGCAAGGCUUGGCUCAUACCAAAACAGAGAGCAAGGAAAAGAUGGACCAGGUCUCCUCACCGAGUCCAAGUUCACCUGCAGAGGAAGAUGAUGACAAAAAGAACCUGGCGGCCGGUCCAAAAAAACAUCGCAGCUCCUUCAGAAAUUUCUUAAAAAGAAGGGAAUCAAAUCAAAAUACAGAGACUAUAGAAGAAGGUGUGGUUUCUCCACAGAGCCCUGCCCCCACCUGUAAAACACCAGAGACCAAUGGCAUCGCAGUGUCAGAGGAGGAGGACUUGUUUGAGGUCAAUGACAAACCAGCACCACUGAAAUCCAAAAUGAAGAAGCCUCCAAAGCUCCUUCAGAGGAGCGUGUCUCUGCAGGCCAUCAACGCAGGCGACGAAGACGGAUUAAAAGGCCGGCGACGGCACCAUAAGAAGAACUGCAUCCAGUCAUAAUAUGAAAAACAGCCUGCCAUAUAGAUGAUCCUGCUGUUAAACACACUGCAACAGAUGAGUCACAGUAUCGGCGAAAUGUAACCUGGUGAUGCCACUUCAUCAGCCAAUUACAGUGUGUGUCUAUGGGCUGUCAUGCAGAGAAAGGUCACCACUGAAGACCAGGAAGUCUGAACGUUGAAGCCAAUUACUGCUGACACCGGGAGAUGUCACUGCCAUUUUUCACUAUUCCAUAUUUUUCUACUUUUUUUCUAUUAAAUUAUGCCGUAAUCAAGUGUUGUUUCUAUAUUUCACACUUGGAUGGUUGAACCUAGAUAGUGCAUAGGUAGUGUAUUACAUCACACCUGUUAGUUACGCUGUUGCUAUGGGGACAGGGCAAGUGAUAAGUCGCGGUGUCGCCUUACCCUGGACUCUUAGGUAACAAAGUAAGAGUGUGUAUUACAGGCUGUGAAUAAUGCACAAGGACUGUCUUUUUCAUCCGGUUGAAACUGGCAUAAAAUAAAAUGAAAUGUGAAACCUUGAAAAGUCAGUUAAGAUACAAAUAAUCCGAAUCUUUCAGCUCUAAUUGAAUAAAAAUUGGACUGUGUCAUUGAACCUCAGGCAAGGUGAAAGUUGGUUUAAAAAAGAGGUACAGAGCUUUUUUAAGACAAUUUAAUAGAGAGGUUCUUAUUAUUAUGAAGGCAAUUCUAAUUCUUUGUAUCUGUAAAUGUGACACAUUUAGAUCCUCUAGUCUGUGAAUAAAAUACAAAAUCUCAUUUGCAGCGGAUUGCAAAUAAGGUUUGGAUAAAUGUACUGUAGAAAUUCUUUGGUGGGUUUUGCCGCUUUGUUGUCUUAUGGAAGAAGCUGAGGGUCAUCGUGUUGCUGUCCAAUAGAGGGACACAAAAGGAGACAUUUAUCCAUUAACGGAUGGCCUGAAUAAUGGAGGAAACUGGAAAUGUGUUUUGAAAAUUGUAACAAAAACUUAGAAAAACGGCUUUUCAGAAUGAAAUUCAAGGAAAGGAUCCGAUAUUGAUGGCAUUGUUGUUAAAAUGUGAAAGUCCAGACAAAGCAAAAUGUUAUCCAUGCAAUUUAUGUAUGUAUUCAUGCAAUUUUGCUUUAGAAGUUUUGAAUUUCAAAAAAAAGGGGGGGGAGAUUAUCAACUUUUUAGAAGUUGAUUUGCAUCACGGGUAAUUGAGACAGCUUUUUUUAAUAAAUUGAGACAUUAAACAUGAA